AUGGCGGCGCUGGGCGGGCGCGGGCGGGCGGCGGCCGCGCUGCUGCGCCGGGGAGCGGCACCGGGAGCGGCACCGGGAGCGGCACCGGGCGCGGGGCAGCGCCGGCACCGGCACAAGGAGAAAUGGGCUGCCACGGCCCCGCGCGUCCCGUCCACGCGGCUGGCGCUGCACCACUUUGACACGAGCUACGGCCUGGCCCUGGGGGCCCUGUGGCCCUCGGUCCGCGCUGCCCUGCUCUGUGAGCAGAAGUACGGGGCUCUCCUCAACAACUUCGCUGCUGCUGACCACGUUCCCCAAGAGCUGGAGCUGCUCAACGCCACCAAUUUCAUUUCCGAGGCCCCCCAAAAGGCGCAGCUCUGGCAGCAGGGUGCAGCUGUGGGGGAAGCCAGAGGGUGCCAGGAGGGCUCUGCUGAGGGCAGGGCUGUGAUGCAGGCAGGAAUGAUGACACAGGCAGAGAUGUCCCCACCACUUUGCACCUCCAUCAGCUCCAAAAUCAAGUGUUACACCUUUCCUAGGGGUGACAUCACGCGCUUUCGCCCUGCACGGCCGGAUGCUCUGGGGCUCCUCGACUAUUACCUGAUGGAUGCAGCCUCUCUCCUACCUGUCCUGGCACUCAACGUGCAGCCAGAUGACUUUGUCCUCGAUCUCUGUGCGGCUCCGGGUGGGAAGACUCUGGCUCUGCUGCAGACUGGGUUUUGUGGGCAUCUGGCAGCCAACGACGUCUCAGUUUCCCGGACAAAGAGGCUGUACCAGAUUCUCCAUAGCUAUGUCCCCAGAGAAGUCAGGGAUACUGUGAGUGUCACCUCCUACGAUGGAAGGGACUGGGACCAGGUGGAAGGUGGCACUUUCCAUAAGGUGCUGGUGGAUGUGCCCUGCACGACAGACAGACACUCUGCCAUGGAGGAGGACAACAACAUCUUCCACAGGAGGCGAACCAAGGAGCGUCAGAUGCUGCCCAUGCUGCAGCUGCAGCUGCUGAUGGCUGGGAUCCUGGCCACCAAGCCGGGAGGGGAUGUGGUGUAUUCCACGUGCUCCCUGUCCCCGCUGCAGAACGAGUGUGUGGUGGAGAGGGCUCUGGACAUUGCACAAACCCAGUUCAACAUCAGUAUCCACGUGGAGGACUUGAGCCACUUCAGGACGCUCUUCCAGGACACGUUUUCCUUCUUCUUGGACUGCCGGCUCGGGGAGCUUGUCCUGCCUCACCUCACAGCCAACUUUGGGCCCAUGUAUUUCUGCAAACUACGUCGCAUGUAGAAGGGAGAACAGACUCUUUGCUGCCCAGGAAAUAGCCCAAUAUUUAAGGGAAAGCAGAACUGCUUUAUAUUUAUUUUUCUUUCUAAAAUGUCCCAAAGGAUGCCUGCUUUUUCACUGCAGACAUAGGGAAUAAAUGAGAAAGACCUGC